AUGAUUACAUAAUACAUACAUUAUUACAAAUGAUUUUAUUACGAUUUUUUCGAUUGCAACGACUACAAAUGAAUUUUAAUUAUAUUGGAAUGAGUGAACGAGCUAAAAGUUGUUAUUUAAGAAGUAACAGUGAAACUUUAUCAACUGUUUAUUUACCUGAUUCUUCUCCGAUUUUUAUAGGACGUUCUGAAGGAACUAAUAUUACUGAUAUAAAAUGUUCAAGAAAACAAGUUAGAGUAUGUGCAGAUUAUAAGCAACAUAUAGUAACGGUUCAACAAGUUGGUACAAGAGCUUGUGGUGUAAAUGGCUUCAAAACUAAAAAAGAUGAUAGAUUAAUUGCCAAACAUAAUGAUAGAUUAGAAAUUUUAUAUGGAAAGCACAUAUAUCAAAUAGAAUUUAAUCCACCACCUAAAGAACAGAAUGAUCAAACAUUGGUAAAAAAAAGAUCUUAUGAUUCGGAAGAUGAAUUAUUAAAUACAGAAAUAACGAAUUCGUGCAAAAUGCGCAAAAUAGAAGAUGAAAGUAAUACUAUCGUACAAGAAACGAUUAGCAAUGAAAAUAAUUAUUCAAUAAAUGGAAAAGAUAAUAAUGAAAUUAAUGCUAUUGCAUCAACAUCUAAAGAAAAUGAUGUAGAUAAUAGUACAAUGAAAAUAACAGGAUUGUGGGAAAGUAAUAAAGAAUUAUUAAUAUAUACUCCACAAAAUGUGCAAAAUCGUUCAAAGAUAGCUGCAUAUGACAUGGAUGGCACAUUGAUAAAAACAAAGUCUGGUCUUGUAUUUCCAAAAGAUGUUAAUGAUUGGCAAUUGCUAUAUCCUACAAUACCUAAAAAAUUAAAGCAAUUCUAUGAAGAUGAUUACAAAAUUGUCAUUUUUACUAAUCAAGGAGCUCUUGGUACAGGAAAAGUAAAAGUGGAAGAUUUUAAAGUAAAAGUUGAAAAAGUAGUAGAAAAAUUAGGUGUUCCUAUUCAAGUCUUCAUUUCUAUAGGAAAAAGUAUAUAUAGAAAGCCAGCGCCAGGAAUGUGGAAUAAAUUUGUCAACGAUAAAAAUGGAAAUAUCAGUAUAGAUAAAUUAAAUUCUUUUUAUGUUGGAGAUGCGGCAGGUCGACAAAAAAAUUGGGCACCUGGUAAAAAGAAGGAUCAUUCUAAAGUAGAUCGUUUAAUGGCUAUAAAUAUAGGCUUACAAUUUCAAACCCCAGAAGAACAUUUUCUUGGGCAUAAAGUUGCACCAUAUAUUUUACCUACAUUUAAUCCAAAAGCAUUGCAAAAAGAUGCUAAUCCAACUGAUGCUAAAAUUACUUCGCAACAACAAGAAAUAAUACUCAUGGUUGGUAGUCCUGGCUCUGGAAAAUCUCAUUUUGCUAAACAUUAUUUAAUUGACUACGAUUACAUUAACAGAGAUACUUUGGGAAGUUGGCAAAAAUGUAUAUCUACUAUGGAACAAUCUUUGAUUAAAGGAAAACGUGUUGUUAUAGACAAUACCAAUCCAGAUCCUGCCUCACGUGAAAGAUAUAUUACAGCGGCAAAAAAAUAUAAUAUUCCAAUUAGAUGUUUUCUCAUGACAACAAGUACUGAACAUGCCAAACAUAAUAAUAAGUUCCGUGAAUUAGUUGAUUCUAAUCAUGCUAAGAUUAAUGACAUCAUCAUAAACUCUUAUAUGAAAAAUUAUGUACCACCAACAUUAGAAGAAGGUUUCACAGAAAUUGUAAAAAUUAAUUUUAUUCCACGAUUUUUGUCUGAAAGAGAUAAAGAAUUGUAUGAAAUGUAUUUGCUCGAAAAUUAAUUAUAUUAAUUGUAAUGAAAAUAACUUAAAAAUAUCAUCAUCAUAAUUAUUAUAAUACUUAGCAUAAUUGACAAACAUAUUAGAUGAUAAUAUAUUUAUAAAUUUUUUCAUUUAUAUGUAUUAUUUUAUAUGCUAUCUAUAUUGUAUGUAAAUGUAUAUUUAAAUGUAUGACAUAAACGCAUGUACAGACAAGAUAUGCGGAAAACAGUUUUGUAUUAUUAGUCUAGAAAUUUAUUGGGUUAUUCCCUUUUCGCGUGUAAUUCAACAAUCUAAUUGAUGUUGCUGUAUAACAGCAGGCUUACUCAUAUUUUUUAAUAAUUCAUAUUUAUGUAUUUUUUUUUUUUAUGAUGACGUGCUAUUGAACUAUUGAUCAUGAUCUUGCUUUUAAAACAGUAAAAAUAAUGCUGCUGUGUAUGUCAAUACAUAUUCACCUACUUAUGUUACAUGAUUGAAGAUACAAAAGUAUUAUUACGAGAUUAAUAAUAUUUCGUAGAUAAUGCGUAUUUACUAAAUAAAUUUAAAAACAAAAUAUUACUUCAUUUGUAAUAUUUUCUAUGAUCAUCUAAGUACAUGUAAUAUUUUUUCAUAUGUUUCAAUUAUCUAACAUAUUUAAACGAGCUUAUAGUCAUAAAUCAUUAUAUUUAUUGGUAUACACGAUUUAAAGAGGAUUACAAACCAUAAUAGCAAUAAAUCAAUUGAAGAAACUACAAUUUUUUCUUAAUUGGAAGCAUGAAACACAUAUUACCUUUUUGUUAGAGGUUAAUUGUGUUAAUUUCAUUCUAACAUCUUUUUAUAAUUUUCAAUUAAUAUAAAUUGUGCCUCAAUCGAUAAAUAUGUGCUCUUAAAUUUACAUGAUAGGAAGAUUAUGGAAUAAUACUUUUCUGUCAAUCUUGCUUUUUUUUUUUUCUUGUUUCUUCUUUUUUUCUUAAAAACAGACUUGUAAAUAAUUAAACGUAUAGUACCACGAUAAAUAUUUGAUAUAUUAAUUUGCAAGAAUUCCUUAAGAAUAGUAACAUGUAGCGCCAUAAUCCUUAUUUAGGUCCUGUUAAAAAUGGGUCAUAACAAUGAGUAUCGAUGUCACAGUCUGUUUGAGAGCACAUCAUUGGAGCUUUAAGAAUUCAACUACAAAGUUCUCUAUUUGCUAUAUUUGGAAAUACUAUUUCACUAUAAUAUUUAUUAUUCGGUUCUACAAAUGAUUGAUAAUGAAUAAUAGAUCUCUCUCUCUUUCUCUUUCUUUUUUUUUUUUUAUGAGUUAUACUUUCUUCGUAAAAAUGAUUAUAUAUAAUUAAUUGGAAUAGCAAAAGAAAAAGAAUUCUAAUUUUAUAUGAUUUUAACAGUGAUUUGUUUUAACAAUGAUUGUAACGACAGUUUUUAAUAUGCUCCAUAUUAUGUUCUCUUUCUAGAGUUCUAAAUUCGGCACAUUGUUCUAGUUUUUAAUAGCAUUUUGAAAACUCUGUAGGCACAUUCUUAAUUUAACAUUGAAAGUGUACGUUCUUUGAUACAUAUAA